UUAUUUUCAUCUGUCAAAAUUGUCAUAUGAUUCAAUAACAAACAAAAAUCGCAUAAAAUGGGCGAAAAAGCACACCUGCCGCAGGAAAACGGCCUUUCUAAAACCAGUCCUGAGUCUCAGGAUCAAGAAACGCAUUCGGAGGAUGAAGCUGGGGACGAUUUGGAUGACAUGUCACCUGAAGAAUUUCAGAUGCUGGAUAGUCAACUAGACGCGUUAAAUUCAGCGUUGGACAACAUCGAGCAAAAGAAUGACGACAUUCACGCCCAACUUCUACUGCUGUUGCAAUCAAACCGCGAAAUCAGACAACAAAUUCAAGAAUCGAGUGCUGAGGGCGAACAAGAAGCCGACACUCAAAACCAAUGAGUAUUAACAUUCCGGGAAGUUUUCUUAGUUGUUUUGUUAAGGGUUACGUAUGUUUUAUUUGAAUAAAAGUCUAGUUUAGCGUU